CUCCUCCUGCUCCUGCUCCUUCUGCUGCCGCUGCAGGCGGCGCCCGGCUCUGCACAGACUACCUGCGAGGCCCCUGAGCAGUGCACUCAGAAUAUGUCUAGCUGGACUAGCCUGUGGUAUGUCUGGCUGAUCCUGCUGACUGUGUUCAUGCUUCUGCUAUGUGGUAUCACAGCAAGCUGCGUGAAGAUUUGCUGCCGGAAAAAGAGGCCCCCAGUUCAGGCCUUCCCUAGGCGCCCCUACGACCUGACAGUCAUCACUAUUGACAACGACAGCACUGCCCACAGCACCGUUACCUCAUACAGUUCCUUGCAGUACCCCCAGAGCACCUCACUUCCCCUUCCCUUUGGGGAGAUGGAUAGGAGCACUAUGUCUCCUCCAGCCUACAGCCUUUAUGCUAUGGAGCUGCCACCCUCUUAUGAUGAGGCCAUCAAAAUGGGCAAGCCCUACACAGAGACAGUGCUGGUGGGCCAGAAACCAAGCGACUUCCCAGAGCAGGGGACACCUGAAGAACCAAAUCAGCACCAGGGUUCAUCUGAUCCAGUACCUGGCAAUCCAGAGACACAGCCAAGUUCAGACGACCCACAAGUUGCAACAGAAUAACCUCAGUUCUAGCCCAUUAAGGGGUGGGAGACUGAGUGGCGCAGGGACCUUGAGAAGUACUGAGGACACAAAGUUUGGUUUUCUAUACAGGUUACCAUGGAAGGAUGCCCAACUUCAAGUCCUUGCAAUGAUCCGUCAUAGGAGAGGAAUGUUUCCUAUGACUGCAGUAACCUUCUGUUAAUGCUUCAAGGGUAUCGCAUGAAAUAGGAGGAGGGCAGUUUAAAAAUAUUUCCUAUGGGUGAGACAUGGACACUAGUUUGUCUCUCCCUGUGAAAAAUGAUGCCCUGUGCUCAUGGGAAUAAAAAGGGCAGUGGCUUGCUACUGCUCUAGCAAAACCUUUAUUAGAUGCCAGAGUGGCACAAGUGGUGGAUCAUUUUUCCCAGAUGGAAGUUUCCCAAACCUGAGUAGAAGUGGAGGCUAAAGCGCAGACUUUCUACAGCUUGUCUUUUCUUUUGAGAAGGUUAACUGUCCAGCAAAUUGCUGAAUUGCUGAACUCGUUGCUACGUAACGGCAAAUGUUCCUUUAAACUGAAGGAAAACGGCAUUCAAGGACCCAACCAUUGUGUAUGGAUUGAAAUGCAAUAUGUUAUGUUUCAUGAUAUCAGGGGCUGGGUGGGGGGCAGGGAAAAGAUUUCUCAAUUUUCUAGAGUCCUGAAUCCUUUAAAAAUGCUUCAUUUUCAGAAUGAAGUGAUGUUUGUGCUAUUCUUCCUGUUGGUUGUGCCAGUUACAGUGCAAAUUGGCUUCAUGGAGUAACUUUUACAUGUGACUUGGAAUACUUUAACUAUAUCAAUACCUUCUUUUUGCUGACUGAACCCAAUGGGUUUGAAAACUCAUAUUUUGGUAAAUGUUUAAUGCCCUGUCAGCACAGUAGUGUAAAUUUCAGAAAGUAAAAUUUUUAAACAGCAAUGCUUGAUCUUUA